GUUCGCACAUAGGCCCCAUUGUACAGAUAGACGAACCGACACAGUAUGUAAGAACGUCUUACGAACAAAGUAAAUCUUCUCCAUAAGUUUGGUCGCAUAUGUAAGUACUGAGAUUUUUCAGCUCAGUCGUCCAUGGGAGCAAGCUUCAAGAAGUCAUUUGUUACCGAAACCGAAACCAAAAAACUCGAAGAGUAUGUGCGAGGCUAUCCACGACUUGCAGCUUUCGAGUCAAGCGAGCCCAGCUUUUCGCUUUAUCGCAAAUUCAAAUAUCUCCACUCACGAGUAUUGUUGGAACUCCAACACGAGAUACAAUGCCUCGAAAGCGACUUGACAUCGAUGGAUGAGAUGGAUUACAGCAAUGGAAAACAAGAUAUAUUGCAGUCUAUCGAAAUCGAUCAUCGUCAAGCCAAACAAGAAGGCAUUCGCAGAAAGCGGACCAAACUAGUCAACUUGAUCCGCGGGAAACUGGUACACUACGACGAGUUGCUGCUUAAGAGCCACGCAUUGAACGCACUUCAACAACCCACUGAUAGGGACUACAUCAGUGUGAGAAAUUGGUUCCACAACGAGAGACCGUUGGCCAGCGAGAAGGAGGAGUCAUACAUCAAGCAACGGGAAGAUAUCGUCAGUCUGCGACAUGGCCGUCAAUGGACAAGAUUCCAUGGAUUCAUCGAGCAGACGAUUGAGAUUCUCAACUGUCGUCCAAUCCGCAACAUCUUCCGUACAACUGAGCUACAGGAUCGCACAGAUGACAAGUUGAUCUAUUAUUACUCGGCUCGACGCAUCGAAAUCCUCGUCAACAUCAUUACCACAGGCCUAAUGCUUGCUCUUCUGGUCCUACCACCCGUUGUCUUGUACCGAACAAAAGUCGGCGCUGAGGAGCAAUCAACGGUUAGUGUACCUGCUAUUUUCGUCGGUUUCACUUGUUUGUUUGCAGUGGUAAUGGUUCUUAUCUUGGGAGUGAACCGUCACGAGCUCUUUGCUGCAAUGGCGGUGUAUUGUGCUGUCUUGGCUGCAUUCGUGGGCAGUACUGGAUCAGGACAGAAUUGUGGCAAUUGUUCGUGACGACAGUCGGCAGGGCGUUGUUGCUGUGACGGUGCUCUCUUUCAAAGUGCAGAUUUCGCCUUCAAGUGUGAUCUUGCCUUGAGGUGGAAGGCUACGAACAUUCAGCCGAUAGAUGGCUUGGAGGGGUAC